UUUUAACUCAUGUAUUGUAUCAACAAUAUACUAGACAUAAAUAUUUACAGGAUCAAGCCGCUGAGUAUUCUAUAUUAUUUUUAACAUCGGACAGCGAGUCUGUCAAUUUAACCUAACGACCAUAUGUCUACGGAAGAGCUGUCAACUUCGGACAGCGAAGCUGCAUUGGCUGGUGCCGGCGAACGUUGGGCUCCCGUUGGAGCUGUAGCAAACCCCGAUGAUGAGCGAGGGAAGACGGACUCGCUGGAGUCGACUCGGUCGAGUACUUUGUCCAGCAGCGAAGCCGAGAUGGCUGUUAGGCUGCGAAAGUUGGAAGAAGAACAAGAGCAGCUGAACUCAUCGCUCCUAGCCUUGACCUCUCAUUUUGCUCAGGUUCAGUUUCGUCUAAAACAGAUCGUUCACGCUCAGACCGAGGAAAAAGAGCGGAUGCUGGUGGAAUUGGAGGAGUUUGCCUUCAAAGGAUGCCCACACGUCCUCGGUUGCAGGGCGCAGGAUGCCAACGUGUUGGAAAACUCGACAGAGCGGGAGAAGAGGGAGCGUUUGGAGGCCCAGAGGGAGAAGCAGAAGGAGCUGAUCGUCCAGCUCAAGACCCAGCUUGAUGAUUUGGAGCGCUUUGCAUACCAGGAGGGCAGCUAUGACUCACUGCCACAGUCUGUUGUCAUGGAGAGACAGAGGGUGAUAAUUGACGAGCUGAUAAAGAAGCUGGACGUGAAUCUUAAUGAGGACAUUGGGAACCUCACCCCAGAGGAGCUCAGGCAGAGAGUUGAUGCUGCCAUUGCACAGAUAGUAAACCCUGCCCGAGUCAAAGAGCAGCUGGUGGAACAACUGAAGACCCAGAUCCGAGACCUGGAGAUGUUCAUUAACUUCAUACAGGAUGAGGUGGGAAACCCUCUGCUUUCUGAUGGACAGAACACCCAGAAUGCACAGACAGCUGGAUCUAACAGGAGAACCCCUGGGGCUCCAAAGAAAGUGGACCCAGAGCAAGCCCAGAAGAUUCGGGAGACUGGACUGCAGCUCAUCCACCGGGCCUUGGCUGUGCUCCAGAUCUUUGCCGUCAGUCAGUUCGGUUGUGCAGCCAGCCAUGUUCCCCAAAGCAUGUGGUCCCAGGGGGAAGGGAACCAGGAUUACGGACCCUUACUGCAGAAGCUGGAGGCGGCAGUGGAGCAUGUGCGUUUACUGGCGUCCCGCCGGCAGCCAGUGCUCCAGGAAGAGCAUGUGGUCAGUUACACAUGCUCCUCACCAGCAGGUGGGCCACGAGAUGAACUCACGGUGACCGUACGCAAAGAGCUGGCCAUGUCACUACGGGACCUCCUGGCCCAUGGCCUGUAUUUGCCUUCUCAUGGCAUGAGUGUGGUGUUGGCGCCCAUCGCCUGCCUGCUGCCCUUCAGCCAAGCCCCGCAGAGCCUGCAUCCCUGGGAGCUCUUCGUCAAGUACUACCACUCCAAGAAUGGCCAGGCGUUUGUGGAGUCCCCCGCCCGUAAACUCUCACAGUCCUUCAGCCUGCCGGUAGGGGGUGGGCCCAUGACGGUCACGCCCAAACAGUCUCUGCUUUGGGCAGUGCACACGGUUCUGCGUGAGCAUGGCCGUUACAAACGUGGCGCUGACUCGGAGUUCAAGGCCCUGGUGUGCAUGGGGCUGAAUGAGCAGCGGCUGGUGUCCUGGCUCAACCUGCUGUGUAAGUCAGGCACCCUGAUGCACUCACACUACCAGCCCUGGAGCUACAUGGCACAGACUGGUUUUGAGGGUGCGCUGCGCAUUCUGGGCCGGCUAAGCCACCUCAAGUUUAAGCUGCCUGUGGACCUGGCCGUGAGGCAGCUGAAAAACAUCAAGGAUGCGUUCUGAAGUCAGUCAACCCACGUAGAGUCUCCAAACAGCUCACAAGGACUUUCUCCUUCAUCAAGCUGUAGCACAGGGGUGGAGGAAGACCAGUUCAAGUGGUAACCAUGUGUGGGGACUUCACAGGGGAUGAAUUCUGAAUAUCACAACAUGGCAAAGUAAUUGUAAAAUUCAUAUUGCAAACAUUUUAUAUGGAGGAUGUUUUUUGCAAUCUGUUUACAUAAACAGUAUCUUUGACAUUCAUAAUUAGCA